GUGUUGGAUUUUUAAAGGAUUCCAAAUCAGAAUUAAAAAAAUAUUAGUCUGCAUCCACCUGAAAAGCACAACAAAAUGCAGAUGCUGGAAAUCCGAAGAAAAGAAGAUUGCUCCAAUAGUCAGUGGUCAGGCGGCAUCGGAGAGAAACAGAGUUAGCAUUUCAACACGAUAAACCACGUUUCUCCCUGCACGGAUGGCAUUGACCUGCUGAGGAUUUCCAACAUCCUUCAGUUUUCUAUCUCGACUCAUUGAGAUUUCGAAAUAGCGCAGUCACUUUCCGCCACCUUUCUUGCGCCGCGGCGGCUGCCGUCGCCAUUCAAAGCCUUGACGAAGGAGGAGUUUGUUUGCAAUUCAGUUCCGUACUUCCACCUCUCUUCGUUCAUGUUUCGGAGAAAUUCCGCCUCAGUUGCUGCUGUCAGUCGGUGCCUCAGGACCACAGCCGUCCAGUCAUCAUGAUCAAAGCCAUCCUGAUAUUUAACAACCACGGCAAGCCGCGCCUCUCCAAGUUCUACGAGCGCUAUAGUGAAGAUACUCAACAACAAAUUAUAAGGGAGACGUUCCACUUGGUGUCGAAAAGAGAUGAAAACGUCUGCAAUUUCUUGGAAGGUGGCAUGUUAAUUGGUGGAGCAGACAAUAAACUUAUUUACAGACAUUAUGCAACUUUAUAUUUUGUCUUUUGUGUGGAUUCCUCAGAGAGUGAACUAGGAAUUUUGGAUCUAAUUCAGGUAUUUGUGGAAACAUUGGACAAAUGUUUUGAGAAUGUCUGUGAACUGGAUUUAAUUUUCCACGUAGACAAGGUUCACAAUAUUUUGGCAGAAAUGGUAAUGGGAGGAAUGGUUUUGGAGACCAAUAUGAAUGAAAUUGUUUCUCAAAUUGAUGCCCAGAACAAAAUGGAAAAAUCUGAGGCUGGUCUUGCAGGAGCUCCAGCCAGGGCUGUAUCAGCAGUAAAGAAUAUGAACCUUCCUGAAAUUCCUCGAAAUAUUAACAUCGGAGACAUCAGCAUAAAAGUGCCAAAUCUGCCCUCAUUUAAAUGAGAAAACAUCCUCAGCUUCCAGUUUGGAAUAUUUUCUAAUAAAGGUUUACCAUGCAACUGUCUACCAAAUGAAAUAUAUAAUUAGUAUCAAAAGGUAUGUUGGGAAAUUAUAUUCUAAAUUGCACCAGUAAAACACGAUAGGCAUUUUGUUUUGCUUGAGUUGCAUUUAAAUUCAGUUUCCUUUGUAUUGUUAAAUUUACAUUGACAUUCCAGUGCUCUAUGAAGUGACUUUUAAUUGUGUGCUGGCUGCUAUUUAAGAUUAUUUAAGAAACAGUGAUUUGGUACCAUCUGUGCUAUCAAACUCUUCUUUGUGUAUCUGGUGGUUUCCAUAGAAAUGUAAAAGAACACUUUGACUAUUUUGGGGAUAUCUAUUUAUUUCAAAGUCUGUUGUAUAGUGGAGCCAAUGAAAAUUUCCAUAAGGUUCCCACUUGCAGUAUUAUAGUUUUAAAAAAAAAGUUGUAACGGAUCUUCAAAUGAAGGUUUUGUCAUCCUUUCCAGUUCAGGACCAGCUUCAGCAAACAAGUCAUUUGCAAUAUUUUAUUGUCUGCAUAUUCCUGAUAACUUCACGUGAUUUAUAUUCAUUGCAAACAUUGUUAGACAAGGUGAAGGACAAAAUCAACAAGGAGUUUGACAUUAAAUUUUAAAAUGCAAAUCAGAUUAGGCUUUUUAAGCUUGGCUUGCCUGGGAUGGAAGGGAUAAAUCCCAUCUUAAUAUAAAUACAUACUGGUUUAUGAACAAUAUUUGCACCUUUUAGUCUUGUAGGUGUGACCUAUAGUUUCUAAAAGUUGGUUAAUUUUUAUAAUGGAAAUGCUAGCCCAUUAAGCACAAUGUUAACCCUAUGCAUUACUUAUAUAAUACUUAAAAGAACAAUAUUUAGAAUUAUGACAUUUAUGACGGAAGUUUACUUGAAGUUAUUGACAGACAUUCAAAAAUGACUUUCAAUGUGAAGGAAAGAAAUAAAGUACCUGUUGAGCCAAAAAGGAAUUAUUCAAGGGAAGUCCUACCUGGAUGGAAUUUAAUGAUUUGUGGCUGUGGUGCCUAAAUACUACAACUUGAAAUGUUUUGAAACUAAACACAUUUACAACCUGAAAAGAAUGUUUAAUUUCAUUUUAAAUUUUAUUGCAGAAGAAUACAUGCAAAGUAGUGAAUACAUUGAUAUUGUGAGCAUAACAAAUAGCUUAUAACUGUAUCACCUUAUUUGUUACAUGGUUAAUAAAGUUAUGUUUACUUUUGCCUUGA